GUGUAAGUGUAACCUGCACUCCAACAGCUGUGUGUUUGACAAGGACAAAGGGAAGCUGGGAUGUGAGUGUGAACACAACACAACAGGACCGGACUGCGGCCGCUGUAAGAGACACUACCACGGACGACCCUGGAACGUCGGGUCCUAUCUGCCCAUUCCCAAAGGAACUGCUAACAUCUGUAUCCAUAGCAGUCAUGGACCAGUGCAUCGAGCUAAUGCUUCAUCUCUAGGUGUUGCAAACCGUAAUCAAGCUCAUGUGUGUGACAACGCCAUGCUUCUCUGUCAGAACGGGGGAACAUGCCACCACCACCAGCAGCGGUGCCACUGUGCUACAGGUUUCACUGGCAUCCUUUGUGAGAGAGAACGAUGCCAGGGCCCUGGGCCCUGUGAGGAGUACCCAACGUCUGGGCAACCAUCCCUCCGCCACCCCCUCCUCUUCCACUACCUCUACCCACUCCUCCUGGGCCCCCCAGGUCUGCUCCUCACCCUAGUGAUGAUAGGGUUCUGCUGACGAUCGCUGUAUUCAUUACAAUUUGCCAGGGAACUUUGAACUUGGAAAGAUCUACUUGGCCUUAUUGCAUCUCUAAGCACAUGUCUUUUGGGGGAUAUCUUGGGAUAGCAGCAUCGUCUUGGGGGAAUGGAGAAGGAACUGCAGCACCUAAAGUUCCUAGAUGGGACCAUCCAGAGACACUGACUGAGAUACAAUGUGUCAUACGCCACCAUGACUGAGAUGAGGUAGAAGUGCAAGUGUUUGCUGAUAAACUAGAUGAUUAACGAAGAUAUGCUUUUGGUCAGAGUCAGACAGACAGACAGACAGACAGAGAGAGAGAGAGAGAGAGAGACAGACAGACAGGAAAAAAACACAUCUGUUUUACAGUACAAUCUAUAAUCUAUAAUCUAUAAUCGCACAAUGAUUGCAUCUCAAAUGGCACCCUAUUCCCUAUGUAGUGCACUACUUUUGGCCAGGGCCCUAUGGCACC